AUGCCGCCACUUGCUUCCGGCUCCGCGCGGUGCGCUGAUUUUUCUGGCUGCAGCGGCAUCGAUGGCGACUGCUGCCCGACCCCCGACGGCAUCCUUCUUGGCUGCUGCCUGCAUGACACAGCUAGUCCGUCCGAGCCAACAGCAUCGGAGCAUCCUCGCGCGCUCCGGAUCCUCCGCUGGGGCGUCGCUGUGAGCACCCUCUUCAGCGCGAGCGCCACCCUUGAGGUUGACAAUGCCGCCUCGCUCAUCGAGCGGCUUCCUUUCCGUCUGGUGCGCACCUACUCUGGCGCCGCCUCGUCGUGGGUGGAGCAGAUCCUCGCGAGCGAGCAGGUGGAGCAGUUGAUUGUAGGGACGAGCACCGACCAGGCGCGGCUCAUGAGCUCAAGCCAGGCGCACGCGGACCGGCUGCUUGUCGACAUACUGCGCCAAGUUGGGAACAACGUGAGCCGUGUUAUAGCGAUCGCCGUCGGUAACGAGCCGAACGAGGCCGCCUCCGCCGUGUCACCCCCCACCAUGCUGCGCGCGAUACGGAACUUGCAGGUCGCGAUACGGAACUCGCAGGUCGCUGCGCACGUAAUGGUCACGACUCCCCUCACUGGCGGCGUCGUCCAGGACUCGUACCCGCCCGAGGCGGCGCGACUCGACGCGCCGUGGGUCGAGGUGCUCCGCGCCGUUGACUUUGUGAUGGUCAACUGGUUCCCAUACUUCGCUGCGAGAGGAAACCUCGCGCUCCUGCCUGCUGCGCUGGGCGAGGACCCUUCCCUGCCGUGGCGUUACCCGCCGGACGUGGACCGCAGGGCGGUAUGGAACGCGGCGCACGCCAACGCGUCCUUCGGUGUGCAGCAGGCUGCGUCGAUGCUUGACAUGAUGCUACAUGCGACCAAGUUCGCGCUCGCAAAGGCAGGCAUCGAGCCGGGUGCGGGUCGGGUCGUGGUAGGCGAGACGGGGUGGCCCACGAGCGGUUGGGACAGGCUCGCGACAACCAACAACUCGAGGACGUACUACGAGAAUCUGCUCUCUGGCCGGAUGCUAUCGCGAUGCCACGACGACGUGGCAGUGGUGCUGUUCGAGCUCAUGGACGAGGCGCUGAAGCCAGGCCCGGCGGACGAGCGCUUUUGGGGCCAGUUGGACGGCAGCCUCUCGCCAAAGUGGGAGCUGGGACUUUCGUAUCGCCGUGUGAGACACACCGCGCAGCACCAGAGCGCCGCGCUCGCGGCGCUGUCCUUAGCCUCGGUCCACUCGCGCUGGGUGACUGGGUGGGCGAAGCGCCUGCGCGCCUGCUCUGGCAACGCCUCGAGCCAGGCAAGGAAGGGCGCAGACACCGGCGUGCGCCGCGCGCCGGCAAGCGUGGUUGCGCUCACCGGCUCCUCCUCGUCGAAGGCUUGA